CCCAUUCAACAUGGCGUCCUAGAGCAGGGUCCAUGCUUGUGUGUUGACAUAUAUUUAAACAUUAAACUCAGGCUAUAUUGGUGGAAAUACAACUACUAAACCAUGUCGAGGAUCAUCGUUAAAAACCUCCCUAAUGGGAUGAAGGAGGAGAGGUUCAGGUCCAUGUUUGCUGCCUUCGGGACAGUGACAGACUGCACUCUGAAGUUUACCAAGGAUGGCAAGUUCCGUAAGUUCGGCUUUGUGGGUUUCAAAGCCGAGGAAGAGGCGAACAAAGCUCUGCAACACUUCCACAAGAGCUUCGUGGACACAUCCAGAGUGACGGUGGAGAUGUGCAAGGCGUUUGGAGACCCCACUAAAGCCAAACCCUGGAGCAAACACACCCAGAGCUCAGUUCCGGAGAAACCCUCCACUCCUGCUGACACAGACAUCAAGAAGAAACAGAAAAAGGAAACCAACAGCACCCUAGAAAUUCUGGAAAAGGACCAGGGGUUCAAGGAGUUCCUGUCGGUGCAUCAGAACCGAAGCCAAGCACCGACCUGGUCCAACGACACUAUGCAGCAGAAAACCGAUCCUGAGGCUGCCGUGGUGAAGACUCCGAGCAAGAAAAAGGUUGCUUCUGAUGAUUACCUUAACUUUGAUUCAGACGAGUCAGAAGCUGAGGAGGAGGAAGGAGAGGAUGAAGAUGGAGAAGAUGAAGAUGAAGGUGCCAAUAAAGAAGCACUGAAGUCUGGCUUAUCAGAUAUGGAGUAUCUGCGCUCAAAGGUGGCACAGACGGAGGACACCAUGGAAGAGACUAAGGAGAAGCAAGAGGGGGGAUGAGAUGAUGAUGAUGAUGAUGAAAGGGAGGAUGAUGAAAAUGAAGAUGGUGUUCCUGCGCAGCACACAGACAGCGCCUAUGAGAGCGGUGACAGAGAAAACCUCUCAAAGACCUUAGAUUCCCCUGCGGAUGAGAAGCCAAGCAAAAUGAAGAAAACUCCCAAGCAGGAGAUGGAGCCGACAACAGAAUUUACAGUGAAGCUAAGAGGAGCCCCGUUCAAUGUGAAGGAGCAACAAAUUCGGGAGUUCAUGUUGCCCCUGAAGCCUGCAGCAAUCAGGAUUGGGAAAAACGAAAGUGGGAAUAGAACAGGUUAUGUAUAUGUGGAUCUGCAGUCUGAUGAACAGGCGGAAAAGGCCUUGAAGAAGAAUAAGGACUACAUAGGUGGGCGUUACAUUGAGGUCUUCCGUGUCGACUCCUCUGGGGGUAAGGGGAAGAGAGAUAGAAAGGACAAGGAAAUUGACAGAAGCUUUACCAGGAAGCUCAAGGAGGAUGAAGAGGAGGAAGAUGUUGCAGAGUCCGGUCGGCUCUUCAUCAGGAACCUUCCUUACACCUGCACAGAGGAAGAGAUCAAAGAGCUUUUUGCUAAACAUGGUCCUUUAUCUGAGAUACUCUUCCCGAUUGACAAUCUAACCAAGAGACCUAAAGGAUUUGCUUUUGUCACGUACAUGAUACCAGAGAAUGCUGUGACAGCUCUGGCUCAGCUGGACGGACAUAUAUUCCAGGGCAGGAUGCUUCACCUGCUGCCCUCCACCUUGAAGAAGGAAAAGACGGACUCAGACGCUGGGGGUCCUGGCUCUUCGACUUACAAACGGCAAAAAGAUGCUAAAAAUAAAGCUUCAAGUUCCAGCUCCCACAACUGGAACACCCUAUUUCUGGGAACAAGUGCAGUAGCAGAUGCCAUUGCUGACAAAUACAACACAACAAAAAGCCAAGUCCUGGACCAUGAGUCAAAGGGAAGUGUUGCUGUGAGGAUGGCCUUGGGAGAGACACAGAUUGUACAGGAAACUCGGCAGUUUCUACUGGACAACGGUGUCAGUCUGGAUUCCUUUAGUCAGGCAGCAGCAGCGAGGAGUACAACUGUGAUCCUGGUGAAAAACCUUCCAGCUGGUGUGACUGCGGCAGAGUUGGAGGAGCUGUUCUCUCCUCAUGGCUCUUUGGGCCGAGUGGUGCUGCCGCCCUCAGGCCUCACAGCCAUCAUCGAGUUCCUCGAGCCAACUGAGGCGAAACGAGCCUUCACGCGGCUGGCUUACAGCAAGUUCCAACACAUCCCGCUGUACCUGGAGUGGGCUCCUGUUGGGGUGUUUGUAGCAGGCAGACCAGAACCAGUACUAGAAAAAGAGGAGGCAAUGAAAGAGAAAAAGGAAGAGGAGGAGGAGGAAUCAGAGGAGGAGGAGGAGGAGGAGGAGCAAUCUGCUCCUGGUUCCACACUUUUCAUCAAAAAUCUAAAUUUCAGCACAACAGAAGAGACCCUACAGGAGACAUUCUCCAAAUGUGGCAAGAUCACUUCCUGCACCAUCUCGAAGAAGAAAGAUAAAACAGGCAACAUGUUGUCCAUGGGCUACGGUUUUGUUCAGUAUCAGACAGCGGAGGCAGCACAGAAGGCCCUGAGGCAACUGCAGCACUGCUCUGUGGAUGAUCACCAGCUUGAGCUGAAGGUCUCUGAGAGAGCCACAAGGACUCCUGAAGUGUCACGCAAGAAGAAGCAAAAAGAGAAAAAACAGACGGGCUCCAAAAUCCUUGUGCGAAACGUCCCCUUCCAAGCCACUGUCCGGGAAAUUCGAGAACUCUUCUGUACAUUUGGAGAGCUUAAGACAGUCCGUCUUCCAAAGAAAGCAGCUGGUUCAGGGAAUCAUCGAGGCUUCGGCUUUAUUGACUUCAUCACCAAACAGGACGCUAAGAAAGCAUUUGCUGCACUGUGCCACAGCACCCAUCUGUACGGCCGACGCCUUGUGCUGGAGUGGGCCGAUGCUGAGGAAACAGUGGAGACAUUGAGACGGAAAACAGCUGAACAUUUUCAUGUUGCCAACAAAAAGCAGCGACAGUCAGAAGUUAUGGAGGGAAUAAUGGAGAAGAUGGAAACUGGAGGGGAUGCAGAAGACUGAAUCACCCCACCAUCACUGUCCUUGCCGAAUUUUUGAGUCUGACCAGUGUUGCCGUUUUUCAUUUUAGAAAUAGGACUGUGAACAAAAUGAGGACUGGGUGGCAAAAGGAGCUAAUACAUUUUCAGCGGAUGUUUUGUGGAACUUCUAGAUUUCUUACAAUGUUUUGUAUAGAAUGAUGCCUCAAAAGUAUAUUGGUUUGAUUUCAGUUUUUAUAUAAAAUGUUAUAUCAUGCUUUAAA